GUUUCCUUCCAUGGCUAAAGGUGAGUGAGUGUGUUAGUUGUGUCAGUGUCGUCCUGUCUGCUGGAGGAAGAGAUGAUGGACGACUCCGGAGCUGUCCAAGCGGCUCGUGCGCUGAAGCACGCCGCGCUGUGCCUGAUGCUGCUGCCCCGGUUCCUGCUGGCCGCCGUCAUGCUGUGGCUCCUGGACUUCUUGUGCAUCCGGAGGAAGGUGCUGAUGRUCAUGGGCAAGAGGCAGGACGGCCCGGACGACCCGCCGCUGUGCGUCUCCGACUCCAACCGGAUGUUCACCUGGGAGUCCCUGCGGGCCGUGUGGCACGGCCAGAAACUGGACUUUCUCAAAUCGGCGCACCUGGGCCAGACGGCCCCCAACACCGAGGUGAUGCUUGUGCAGGAGCGGCGGCCGGUCCGGCUCCUGGACUGCACGAAGGGCAAGCGGCCGCUCAUCCUCAACUUCGGCAGCUGCUCCUGACCGCCGUUCAUGACGCGGCUGGCCGCGUUCCAGCGCGUCAUGCGCCAGUACGCGGACGUCGCGGACUUCUUGGUGGUGUACAUCGAGGAGGCGCACCCGUCGGACGGCUGGGUGAGCUCCGACGCGCCUUACCAGAUCCCCAAGCACCGCUGCUUGGAGGACAGGCUGAGAGCCGCGCAGCUGAUGCUCUCCGAGGUGCCGGGGAGCAACGUGGUGGUGGACACCAUGGACAACUCGUCCAACGCCGCGUACGGAGCCUACUUUGAGAGACUCUACAUAGUGAUGGACGAGAGGGUGGUGUACCAGGGGGGCAGGGGUCCCGAGGGCUACCGGAUCUCGGAGCUGAAGAGCUGGCUGGAGGAGUACAAGAAGGAGCAGGUGGCCCCUCAGGCAGCAGUGGAGUGCGUUUAGUUUGAUGCUGAAAGCUGCUACAGUGUCCAACCCAGUCAAACCAUACCUGAUGCUGCUAUCACACAUGGCACAUAUGUUGUUUUAUUCCCGUGCAAACAGACUCUGGACAAUUAUAGAGUUUAAAUUUCUGUGAAAGCCUUUAGAUCCUGUUCAGAUUGUGAUGAUUGCUCAUAGCGAUUUUCUUUAUUGUUAUUUUUGUAUGGAAAAGUGUUGAAUCAAUUGAAUCUGAGUUCAGUUGGUGGUCACUCUAUUUUUCUACAAUGAGUAUGUGUGUGCGUGUGUGUGUGCGUGUGUGUUGGGGGUGUGGGGGGGGGCAUAUCUCACUCUGGCGUCUGUGUGAAGUUCGGUUUUUAAAAGGGCGCAUCCAGAGAACCGACACUGAUGUUCCUGAUUCCAGCAGAGGGAUUCUGCUCUCCUCAGUGACUGAUUGUGAGUUUUAUUUUUAUUUUUUUUGAAACAAUGUAACUGAACAAAUUUUUUGUAAUAAAAAAAAGACAGGUUUGCA